UCUUUGCCACCAAUAGACCCGACCAAGACUGCGUCGGGAAUCGCUCUUGAUCCUCAGACACUCGAGCGGGUGAUUCCUGAGUCCAGGCGGUCGGAUGGAAGCGUCCGUAAACAACUCAAAAUCCGUCCAGGAUUUACGCCUCAAGAAGAUGUGAGACGCUUCAGGGGGACGAAGCAAACCCAGGCGGAUUCCAACGCCCUGCCAAAAGGCCAUAUAAUCGGCUGGAUUCCGCCAUCGUCUAAAGAGGCCGAUUCCUCAAAGCCUUUGAGCAAGAGCGCAAAGAAGAACGCGAAGCGCAGGGAGAAGAAAGUCAGCGACAAGAAGGCUGAUGAACCCGUGAAGGACAACUGGGAAGAUGAUGAUGAU